AUGGGGAACGCUCGGAGCGGGGCGUUAUCCAAGGAAAUCCUGGAGGAGCUGAAGACCAGCACGCGCUACUCGGAGGAGGAGCUGUGCCGCUGGUACGAGAGCUUCCAGCGCCAGUGCCCCGACGGCCGCAUCAGCCGCGCCGAGUUCGAGAAGAUCUACGGCACCUUCUUCCCCAACUCGGACCCGCAGGGCUACGCCCGCCACGUCUUCCGCAGCUUCGACACCAACGACGACGGCACCCUGGAUUUCCGGGAGUACAUCAUCGCCCUGCACCUCACCUCCUCGGGGAAGACCCACCUCAAGCUGGAGUGGGCCUUCUCCCUCUUCGACGUGGAUCGGAACGGGGAGAUCAGCAAGAACGAGGUGCUGGAGAUCAUCACG